AUUAUUUUGAUGAUUUGGCUUCGAAUAUCAAAGGGCAUAAAAUCCAUAGAUUCGGUAUAGGGGUGAUAUAGAAAUACUGCUUCAGUUAAAAUCCUUCCAGCUAUGUAAUGUCUGUUCAUUUCCUUCCAUAGAUACUUCAGUGUUCCUGUCGUAUGUUGACCUCUCGUCUUAAAGCGGUCUUCUCCUUACCUCUUAUUCAAGACAAAUAUUCUUCGUCAUGGUAGAUUUCUUUCUUUAUGAUUUAUCCAAAGGAGUAUUCCUCGUUGUUAGAAUUAUGAAUAAAGCUGAGCUAACCUUGAGUCACCCGAUUAGCAUAAGCCUCUGUAUAAACAGCUCUAAGAGUGAGUGCAUAGCUGCUCAAAUAACUUUGGCCGGUGGAUGAAAUCCGAUCCGAGCUCUGUGUUGGAAAAAGAAUAACGGGUGUGAAUCC